AUGAUUCCAUCAGAUGAGCAACAGAGGAUGAAACAACUUGGUCCUCGAGACAAGCCUCAUCUAGAGGUACAAUUGGGAGGGGCUAAAGAACAGAGCAAGCAAAAGGUGGCUACGUCAUCUGAAGACCAGAGACAUAUGGUCGGUCACAGAGACAAACCUAAGCAAGAGGUUCAAGUGGGAGGGGCUAAAGAACAAAGCAAACAGAAAGGGACUACAUCAUCGGAGGACCAGAAUCCAGGACAGGAGGAAGUUGUUCAUCGAGGCAAACCUCAAUCAGAGGUACAAGUGGGAGGGGCCCGAGAACAAAGCAAGCAGAAAGGGUUGACAUCAUCGGAGGACCAGAGACCAGGACAGGAGGAAGUUAUUCAUCGCGACAAACCUCAAUCAGAGGUACAAGUGGAAGAGGAGAGCAAGCAGAAAGGGAGUACAGCAUCUGAGAAGCAGAGACCGAGACACGAGGUACACGGCCGACUUCACAGACAAGAACCAGGAGCUGUUGAAGAGCAUGGCAUACAGAAGCAUAUCAGACCAUCAGAUGAGGAACAGAGACCGAGUCAGGAGGAGGUUGGUCAUCCAGACAAACUUCAAUCAGAGGUACAAGAGAAAGAGGAGAGCAGGCAGAAAGGGAGUACAACAUGUAAUCGACAGAGACCGGGACAGGAGGAACAAGACCAUCUUCAAAGACAUGAUGAGGAACAGAGACCGAGUCAGGAGGAGGUUGGUCAUCGAGAGACGGCUGAGGUACAGAAUCAAGUUGCAGGUGCCGGAGAACAAAAUUCCCAAAAUGUUUCAAUGACAUCAUCCCAAUCACCCUCAUUUAAAAAUCGUUUAAAAAGGUCUGUUCUCUCAUUAUUGCCGAAAAGGAAGAAGGCAAGAGGGCAAAAAUUAGGACAUGAGCAGAUGGGGGAUGAACACAGUAGGCAGGCAGAAAACCAAAGGGCUGGGUUUCAUGAAUCACGGAAAACGCAGGAAGGGACUUCAUCAUCUGAUGGACUUUGUCCGAAACAGGAGUAUGUUGGUCAUCGAGAUAAACUACAAAAAGACGUUUUAGUAGAAGGGGAUAAGGAACAGAGCAAGCAGAAGGGGACUACAUCAACUGGGGACCAUAGACUGAGUCAGGAGGAAGUAAGUCAUGAAGCCAAACCUGAACCAGAGGAAGAAGUGAGAGAGGCUAAAGAACAACGCCAGCUGAAAGGAACUACAUCAUCUGAGGGACAAAUACAAAACCAGCAAGAGGCAGGCGGCACAGAGCCGAGUAUUCAGAAAGAGAGGAUGCAAUCAUCCGAGGAUCAUGGACUGAAAAGGUUAACACACCAAAAUCCAAGUCAUGGGCAAGUGGAUGUUGCUCCAAGAAAUCAUUCAGAGAUACAACAGAGUUUGGUCAGGGAAACGACAUCACAAGUCGGACAGAUAAUGCAGAGUCCAAGUUCAGUUCAAGACAUCGCACCUGUAGGACUCCAACUAGGAGCCUCAUCCCCAUCAGCUGCUGUACUCAGAUGUGGACCCGUGCAAGUGCAACACGUUUCAGUGGAUUCCAUGCAUAUUGGCGGUGCAAAUAAUCCGACCUUCCUGGGACCUGUAAAUGAUCCUACUUUCACCAUCAUUCAGAACGUGGCUAUGCCAGAAAGCAGUCCAGGUAAAUAA